AUGUCAACAUCUUCGGAGCAUCAAAACCUUGCCCCUCACACCUGGCUCCCGUGGGACUCUUCCCACGUUGUAAUGUCUCAGCAUCACCUGCAAAGACAACCCGCCACGCACCCACCUGUCGGGGCCCUCCUCUUCGAGAAACAGGAUCCUCGCGCGCACGAAGCAUUCGAGCCCGAACAGCUGUCCGAAGUACAGGUCUCGCUCCUCCUCCCGCUGAAGAUGCACGCGCGGCAUAGUGCAGCUACGCAUCGACGCCGUCGAACAUUGAGAAGAAGGAAAUAUUGGUUCUCGUUCUCCGUCCGAGACCUGCGCUCGGAGCUACAUGUACCUUUGCGCACCCGGGGAGGGGGAAGGGGAAUUGGGAAGCUCGGGCAGACCUGCAUUUCGACCGACAUCUUGGAACCAGUUCCGGGGCCCGGGGUCGACCUGAUCUGUCCCGCGGCUGGCUACAUUUCUGUGUCCGACAUGGAUUGCAUGGUUUGGUACCUGUCGUACCUCUACAGUUGUUACCUUCAUAGGCUUGCGAUUCCGCGGGAUGUCAUGAAUAGGAAACGCUACGAGAUACAAAGUCUACAUAUCUCGAAACAGUUACGCUUGGCAGAAGAAUUCUAUUGCCUCCCCCUGACGAUCAUUCUGACGUGUCUGGAAGUUCAACCAGCGACGUGGGACGACAGCACUCGAGUCAAUAAACUUCAGGCGCGAAAGGCAUCGAACUUCCAGCUGAGCGACGUGCCAGGAACGCGAGCGUCAUCUCGGCCGGAAGAUCGUGAUUCACCACGAAGCGGCACGGAAAGUUUCGGUAUCCCACCUUCCAUGUCACACUCCGUCUGUCCAAUCGGGGAGACCGAAGAUGGUCUGAGCAGUAGGAGAAACAUGAUUAGCCUUAUUGGAAAAACAAAAACAAACGGCUCAACAGAGACCAUCCGUCGUACACAGCAUACAGGUGCGACCAAGCUUCAAGCCAAGCAUCAUCCGUCGGACCGUCAGACCACUGCCCACCAAGCCACAACUACACAACGCAGCAAAGAGAAGCAAGGAGGGGAUCAAGCCUCGUUCUCGCAAGAUAACGCCAAGGGCAACCGAAGGAGUUCUCGUGUACCCGUUCUGCUAAGCUCUCCACGCAAGAAGUUCUGGAAGGAAACCGUUCAGCCCCUCAGGGGUCGGUGCCACGUGCUCGUACGACUGCGGCCACAUGGUUUUGAAGACACGAAGAAUCCGUGGCAGGCGAAAUGUGGCGCUCGUCAGCCUGAGAGAAUGGCAAUCGAUUCAGAGACAUUCGGGAAGCGAGCUGGAGACGAAAAUCGAACGGUCUAUGUAAAGAGGAUCGGGUUCAAGAUUUUGUCAAUGAUUGCCGACUGCCUCGCCACGGACUGCCGAUUUAUUUUUGACGAUUGCUUCUUCUAUCAUGCACCGGUAUCUGAUCCCCUUUCGGACUCUGAGAGACUUUUACACCCAAAGUUGUGUCUUUACGGAGAACUCAAAGAGUUUCGAACUAUCACAGGAACAAAUGGCCUGAUGGUGCUCCCAAGGGGUAAAUGUUUCAUGGUUAGAUACGAUUUGCAGUACCUUUCAAUCCACCAACAGACCCUCAUGGAGCUUACAGCAAGCGCAACUUGGCAUAUUCUGCAUCAAAUCACCAAGGCCCAGGAACAGUUACUGUUGAUAUACUUGGGCAUUCAAAUGACUCUGUUUUGA